AUGGAAGCAGGAUAUUCGUGGCGGAGACUAGAGCUACAAUUGUGUUGUUAUGAUAGACCAGCUUUGAUACCUUCCUACCUCUCACCUGCAAAGGGCCAAUUCCGCUUCGAGUCGGAGAGUGGCCUUCGUCUGUUCGACAACUACCGCCGAGCAAUUUAUGAAGGCGACCGACUUGCCAACACUCUCCUCUUUUCCUACUCUCCCGCCGCCUGUGACCGCCAACUCUGUCUGGAUCAGACGCCGCCUCGCUAUUCCACCCUUUCGGCAGCCAGCAUAGUCGGUGCCGUGGUUGGUAGCACCACGGGCGGUGGUAUCGGCGGCGCUUCUGCGGGUGGCGUGGCCGCCGUGCUGAGCGGUGCCAGUCUGGGAUCGGGCAGCGGCAGUCUCGGUGGCGGUCUGACCGGUGCUGGGCUUGUCGGAAACAGCUCUUAUGUGGGCAAUUCCGGCUACUUUAUGCAUUCUCCCCAUGCCAUGAUGACUGGAGUGAGUUAUUCCCUCAUCCUUGCUGGCCACUUUAUGCCCAUGCGUCUACAAGACUAA